CCGGGAUUGGGUAAAACAUCCUCAAACAAGCUAACAGCUAACGAGAAUCACAUCAACAACUCUGAGUGUGAAAGUUCCUUUCUUGGCAAAUCAGUCUGACGAAUAUGGAUCGUAGUGGUGGAAAUGAUGAUGUGCAGGCAGAGCUGGACUCGGUGGAGACUGAGCUAGAGUUGGUGGAGCUGCAGAUCACAGAACUGCUGCAGAAGCAGACUGAGCUGACCUCUCGUAAGAAUGCACUGCUGCAGAGGUUGGAGGAGGCCUGUGACACUGCACAGCCAUCAUCAUCCUCAUCCUCUGCGUCCUUAAAGUCAUCCAGAGCUGAUCCUGUAAUGAGCAAGCAGGAGAUGCAGCGCUAUGAUGGAGCAGAUUUUUCAUGGUCUAAAGAAGUGGAGCAGCAGCUGAAGGACUCAUUCCAUCUGUCCAAGUUCAGACCACUGCAGCUAAGGGCCAUCAAUCUGAGCCUGUCAGGCAAAGAUCUCUUCCUGGUUAUGCCUACAGGAAGAGGGAAAAGCCUCUGCUACCAGCUGCCUGCAGUCUGCUCAAAGGGUUUUACACUGGUUGUCACUCCCUUGGUGUCCCUGAUGGAGGACCAGAUCAUGUACCUCAAGUCAAUCGAUGUGUCAGCUGUCAUGCUGAAUGCAUCCAGCAGCAAGGAGCACGCUAAGACAGUCAUGGCCGGAAUGACAGAUCCGAAAACCCCUUUCAAGCUGGUGUACGUGACUCCAGAGAAGAUUGCCAAGAGCAAGCUGCUCAUGUCUCGUCUGGAGAAAGGCUACAAUGCAAACCUGCUGAGUCGCAUCGCUGUGGACGAGGUGCACUGCUGCAGCCAGUGGGGACACGACUUCAGACCAGAUUAUAAACUGCUGGGCAUCCUGAAGAGACAGUUCCCCAAAGUGCCGCUCCUGGGCCUCACAGCCACGGCAACCAGCAGCGUCCUCAAGGACUGCGAGAAGAUCCUGUGUGUGUCACAGCCAAUCACACUCACGUCAUCCUUCAACCGAACCAAUCUCUACUAUGAGGUUCGUAUUAAAGAUUCUGAUGCAUCAAUAAGUGAUGUCGCCUCCCUGAUCAACAGCAGAUACAAGGACCAAUCAGGGAUUGUGUAUGUGUUCUCUCAGAAGGAUGCAGAGUCUGUGUCCUCUGAACUCCAGAAGAGGGACAUUCUGGCCUAUCCUUACCACGCUAACAUGGACCCUGACGACAAGUCCCGGGUUCACCGCAAGUGGACCUCCAACAAAAUUAGGGUGGUUGUAGCCACUGUGGCGUUUGGCAUGGGUAUCGACAAGCCUGACGUCAGGUUUGUCAUCCACCACACCAUCAGCAAGUCCAUCGAGAACUACUACCAAGAGAGCGGACGAGCAGGACGAGAUGACCAACCAGCGGACUGCAUCAUCUACUUUGGCUUCUCUGACAUCUUCAGGAUCAGCACCAUGGUGGUCAUGGAGAACGUAGGUCAACAGAAGCUGCUGCAGAUGGUGGACUACUGCCAGAAUAUUGACAGGUGUCGGCGCUCUCUCAUGGCUGUUCAUUUUGAUGAGGUGUGGGACGAUGAAGGAUGCAACCAGAUGUGUGACACUUGUCGCCAUGCAAAAGACUACACUACUGUGGACAUUACCCAGCAUGCCAGGCAGGUGGUGCAGAUCCUGGAGCUGGCGGGAUCCAUGGAUGAGAAGCUGACUCCUCUGAAGCUGGUGGAGGCGUGGAUGGGGAAAGGCCCCGCCAAGCGCAGGAAGAUGAUUCAGACCACCACACUGUCUCGGCUGCAGGCUGAAGCUGUGAUUGUGCGUCUGCUGCUGCAGGGAUACCUCAGAGAGGACUUCAGCUUCACUCCGUACACCACAUACUUCUACAUGAAGCUGGGCCGCAAAGCUCCUUUGCUGAAGAGCCAGACUCACACACUCAGCAUGAAGAUGAGGACAACAGAGUCUGGAUCUGCUGGGGAUACAUCAGCUUUUGAAACCAAUGAGAAGGAGGAUGAUAUAAUCUUUGAGCCUGUUGUCAUGGACAACAGCUGUCCCCCACAACCCAAACAGAAACUAUUUAAAGAACAGAGGAACCUGUCCAGGAAAAGAGACUUGAAGCCAGGCAGCCAGACAAACAAAUGGACAGAAGAACAGCUGACAGACAGACAUGGAGAGGAAGAGGAGGAUAAGAGAGGAUCCAUUAUGAAACAACAUGUAGUUGAGGUUGAUGUUGAAAUUAACAUAGUAGAUAACAUAGGUGUUAAUAACGGUCAGAAAACACCAUCACAUCCAGUUAAACCCUGUUCCAAAAGAAAGUCCACCACCCCUCAGAGAGUGAGGAGGAAACCCCGUGCAAACUCAGAAGUGGCGGCCAUUCCCUCUCAGACCUCAGAUGGUGCCCCCCUCGCCAACACCGUGCCCAGCUCUCCAUCCCAGGCCUCAGGCAUCUCUGAGACUGCAGCCGAGGAGCUCUGUGAACUGAGGAACUACUACAGCAAACAGCUGAGGAGAAUAAACUACAUUUCCCAUGAAUACCUGGGGCAGCCUGCAGAGCCAGGAGUGCUGGCAUGCAUCAGGGAGCCUCUGAAGAGCCUCCGUCUGCCCCGCAGGGUGACCAUCGCUCAGACGGCCCGCAGCCUGUGGACACGAGUGAGCAGCAGGCAGAAACUGGUUCACCGCUGACAUCACAGUUCAGUCAGCUGAGGAAACCACUCAACUAUGUGUAUAGGUGUACUGUACAAUUACUAUUCUACCGUCAUCACAGUGACGUCUUUAAGACUGUGUGUAGGUCUCACCUUUGAUCUGAUGGUCAGAUUAAAGGAAAUACUCCAUUUAACAGACAUUCAUCCAGCCAAGCCAGCCACUGUAUUAUUUUCCCACAAACAAAAACAUAUACCACCAUCAACAUCAUUUUAAAGAUGUUAUAAUUACACAAUCUGUGCCAUGUUUCAUACCUGAGCUGUUUCGUUGCCAAUUAAUGAGCCUUAAUAAAUGUAUAUUUCUGGACCUCGAUUUGUAGGUGAUAGCUGAUAAUUUGUCAUACAAAGCUAUGGAAGUGAAGAUGUUGUGCAGUUUUAUCAACAUUAUAGAUCACCUCUAAUAACAACGUGAGGUUCCCGACGUCUCUUUAACUGAGGAAAAGUGACCUGUAAAUAUAACUGCACAAGGGUUCUGAACUCAGCUGGUUCCACCACUGUUGCUGCAGAUAUUUUUACAUCAACUUAUGUGGGGCAUGUACAGAAUCUGAGAAAGGCCAUACUCGCAAAUAUUUUUUUAUCCCGUUACCUCAAGAUAACAAAGCUCGUUAUCCAGAGAUAACAAGAUAUUAUCAGGAGUAAACAAUGUUUUAUUAAUAUCUCGAGUUAACGAGAUAUUAUCAGGAGAAAACAAUUUUUUGUUAUUCAAGAUAACGAGAUAUUAUUAAGAAGCGUUAUCUUGGGAUAACAAAGAAACAGUUUUCUCCUGAUAAUAUCUCGUUAUCCCGGGAUAACGAGAUUUGUUGAGAUAACAGGUUGAAAAAAUAUUUGCUUCUUUAGGCAUGUUAUGAAAGCAACAGAUUUUCUUUUUUCAGUUUAUAGAGGCCCAGACAAUGAUGCUUUAUUUAUCAUGUCACCUGCUUGAUGAACCUCUUCAGUUAUAUUUACUGGACAGUGUUGGCAAAAUCUUCCAAACCCCACCAUUAAGUGAGGAAUUUAUUAUGUAAAAAAAUUAACUUUGUUCCAGGCCUUCUGUGUGUUCAACUAGUUUCUCCAGAUGUUUCCCAGGUAGAAAUGCACUGACUUUUCUUUUAUGUGACAUUUUGAUCAACUGUUAUGAUAAGAAACAGUAAUGUUCAGAAAAUGUUCAGAAAAAUACUGUAUUCUGACUGUUUUUUAUUGGCUAUAACUUCAAAAUUAAGUUAUGAUUGUUUGUUAUAUUAUAUCUGUUGAUUAUUUUGAGUUGAUUAUUAAUAUAUUAUAUUAGUUACACUGACACUUAUCCUGGUUUUUAUACUCAAAAAACAUGUCUGCACAUCACAACUUGGAAUAAAAAUAAACUAUA